AUGGAGUCUCAUGGGGCCGGACUCCGCCGUGUUCUGGUGCUCGCCUUCUGCGUCGCCGGCAUUUGGUGGGUUUAUAUAUAUCAGUGUGUGGGCGUACAGUGUAAGUGUUUUCCUUUCGAAGCUCUAUUAACUGAUAUCUUCAAGGUCGGUGCCGUUUUGAGUCUCACAGAUGAUGUGUUGCUGUGGAAUGGUUUACAAUUGGAGUUGGAGAUAAUUAGGGCACAAUAUAUGGAUUGUGUGGAACUUCAUUUAUACAACAACGUUGAAUGUGUUGAAUUUUUGCUUGUUCUGGCAAAAUCCUCUAAAAUGAUUCCAGUGAUGCUGAUGGGUACCCUUGUUUAUGGUGUCAGAUACACUUUACCUGAGUAUGUUUGUACUCUCCUUGUUGCCGGUGGGGUAUCAGUAUUUGCACUUUCAAAGACAAGCUCGAAGACCAUCAGCAAGCUGGCACACCCAAAUGCUGCACUUGGAUACGGACUCUGUUUCUUAAACCUCGCCUUUGAUGGGUUCACAAAUUGUACUCAGGAUUCAAUUACAGCAAGGCACAAUGGAUUGAUAUCUGCAGAGAUAUGA